AUGUUGCUCAAUGCGCUGACUGUCAGAAACAUUCUAGUGGCGAACAGAGCCCGCCGGAGACUCCGGGUCCAGAACACUGGGGACAGGCAAAAUGAUCCGGAGAUGGAGAGCCGAAGAAAGUCAAUGGUAUUGCUGUUCACCAUCUCGGGCAGUUUUCUGAUAUUGUGGACACUGUAUGUUGUACAUUUCUUUUACGUGCGAUUUACAGGCAAUAUUUACUUGACGGGUUCUAACCUCAACGACCUCUGGUUCAUCCUUCAAGAAACGGGGAAUAUGUCGCAGCUUCCAAGCUGUUGCACCAACACUUGCAUGUACGCGGGUAACCUAACGACAAUUGUGAUCCUGUCCCGGGGAAGAUGCGGUCUGUCCAGAUGCAUUACUCGGUAUUUGAUGGGUAUGGCAGUGACGGAUCUCUUGGUUCUUAUCACGGCGGUUAUAUUAAACCGGCUGAGUAUCAUUUAUUUUCCUAUUUUCUUCCUCUCCACCACUCCGGUGUGUAGCCUAAAAAUAGCUCUAAUCUACGCAGCCAGAGAUAGCUCAGUUUGGUUAACCGUCGCUUUCACCAUCGAUCGCUUUGUAGCGAUUUGCUGCCAGAACUGGAAAACAAAAUAUUGCACGGAGAGAAUGGCACGUAUGGUUAUCGCAGCCGUCUGUGCUGUGAGCUGUGUGAAAAACAUACCAUGGUACUUUGUUUAUGAACCUUUAUAUAUAAUUGACGGUGACCCGUGGUUCUGCAACAUUAAAUUAAGCUUUUAUUCUGAACUAUUCUGGGCAGCUUUUGAUUGGAUUGACCGCAUUUUAAACCCCUGUGCCCCAUUCCUCGUGAUGUUGUUACUCAAUGCAUUGACUGUCAGAAACAUUCUCGUGGCGAACAGAGCCCGCCGGAGACUCCGGGUCCAGAAUACUGGAGACAGGCAAAACGAUCCGGAGAUGGAGAGCCGAAGAAAGUCAAUCGUUUUACUCUUCACCAUCUCUGGAAGUUUUCUGGUAUUGUGGACGAUGUAUGUUAUAAAUUUCCUAUAUGUGCGCUUCACAGACAAUAAUUACUCGACGGGUUCCAACUUCAACGACCCCUGGUUCAUUCUUCAAGAGGCGGGAAAUAUGUCGCAGCUUCUGAGCUGUUGCACUAACACUUGUAUUUAUGCCGGUACUCAGACAAAGUUCAGAGAAGAAUUUAUCAAUGGUCUAAAAUAUCCUCUGAAUUUGAUCAGGAAUUUCGGGAGAUCAGGAUAA